AGUGCGGCCGCCCUCCGUGCGCAUCCGCAACUCUUUUCUCCGUGUUCGUUGGGAAAUACACAGACAGGAUAUGUGCUGCGCUUUCAAAACAUGGAUCCAAUACUAAUUUUUCGCCUCUGCCAUUGAUUCUCCACUUAACACUUUGAGGCUCUGUCUGCGCGUCCCGCAAUUUUCUUUUGGGGUGGAGGGAGGGUGUGGGGGGGUGUGGGGUUGUGGGUGGCUGGGUAUCGAGUGGUGCGUCGAGAGUCUACUGAUCCUAAUGUUGGAUGUUUAUUUGCUGACAAUCUUUUCUUGAAUCCCUCGUCCAAAUGACUGAGCUCGGGUGCAGCCGGAGACUUGGCUCCCCACUCGGGAAGACCUACGGCUAAAGUUUGAAGGGCGCAGAGGCGGUCCGUCUCCCGCCGUCCGCUGGAUUCGCAGUUGCCCACAGAUUGCAAUAAAACAGCGGAUAUCCGCGUCUCCGCGCACGCUGGGAUCCGUCGGACUUGGAUUUACACCGUCUGGAUUCCACCCACAACUAAAUCAUGAAGACCGUUAUUACUGACGGGGGGCGACUCCUCUUUCUGGUGAUGUGGCUGAACCUCGUGCCUCAAACCGCCGGCUGCCCCGCCAAGUGCGUGUGCUACAGCGAGCCCCGGCCCACUGUGGCCUGCCAGCAGCACGGCCUGUUUUCCAUCCCUACCGAGAUCCCCGUGCGCAGCCAGCGGAUAUUCCUCCAGAGCAACAAGCUGACGGUGGUGAGGUCCACCAGCUUCAGCUCGUGCCACAACCUUACAGUUCUCUGGCUCUACUCCAACAACAUCAGCUACAUCGAGGCCGGAGCCUUUUACGGCUUGGAAAGGCUGGAGGAACUGGACAUUGGCGACAACGGCAACCUCCGCACCAUCAGCCCCACGGCCUUCCGAGGCCUAACUAAGCUGCACACCCUCCACCUGCACAGGUGUGGUCUGUCAGAGCUCCCCGUCGGGGUUUUUCGAGGAAUGUUUUCCCUACAGUACCUUUACCUGCAGGACAAUAACAUUCUCAGCCUGCACGACGACACCUUUCUGGAUCUUGCAAACCUCACCUAUCUCUAUCUGCACAACAACAAGAUCAAGAUAGUAACAGACAACAUGUUACGAGGGUUAAUCAAUCUGGAUCGGCUGCUGCUACACCAGAACCGGGUUAUCUAUGUCCAACCUAAAGCUUUCAGCGAUCUGGGUAAGCUGAAGUCCCUGUUCUUGUUCUUCAACAAUCUCACCGUCUUGACAGGAGAGACCAUGGACGCCCUGGUGUCUCUCCAGUAUUUGCGUUUAAACGGGAACCAGUGGAUCUGCGACUGCCGCGCGAGGACCUUGUGGGACUGGUUCAAGCGUUUCAAAGGCUCCAGCUCUGAGUUGGAGUGCAAUGUUCCCGAGCUCCUGACGGGGAAGGACCUGAAACGACUGAAAAGUGAAGACUUGGAGGGGUGUGUGGAAACUCCUCAAGUCCAGACCAAUCUCUUCAGCUCCAAGGGGCAGGGCGGGAAGUUCUCUUCCACUGAGAAUCCUCUCGGAGACACCAUUCCCAGGUGUUGCCUCGGAGAUAACGACAAGUCCUCCAUCCUGUCCGGCAAGAGCCGACAAAUCACCAACAACCCGCUUAAGGAAAAGGAGAACAUGUCUAAGACUAAAUAUAAGGAGCCGGAACGAACGAAAAAUGAGACCCAGAAUAAGCAGAAUGACGGACCUCUGGGAACCUUGUCCAACACCCUGGACAAAACCCUGGAAAAUCUAAACCCUGACCUCAUAGACAGUCUGGAGACAUCAACAGCAUCGAACAAGAAGAAAAAGAAGUGCUCCAAAAAGCCCAAAUCAGAUGCCCACUGCAUCAAAGGCCGGGGUUCCACUUUGCAAGCGCUGCACUCUCUCUUCAUUCCCAUGAUCUGGAUAUCUCUAGCCAUGUCUUAGGAUUCUUAACCUCACUUUGAACACAGAAAUCAAGAUUGUUGAUGCUCGUGACAAUGACAGGAGGAGAUGCGGUGACAGACAGUGACUGAAAAGCGAGGCGAGGACAAACAAUGAUAACCAAGACGUUAAAGUAUACAUUUGACAAAAUGGAUGCCUUUACAGAACACUACAGAUCUAAUGUAUAUAACGAAUCGGUGCCCUAAAAUAUUUGUUCUCUAUGUACUUAACUGUACCGUGUCAAAGCCACACUGCGGAGUCUCCUCCCUUUUUUCCUCUCGAAAGCUUUUACUGCUUAGACAGACCCCCGAAAGUAAAAAAAGAAAGAAAAAAAGAAAAACAAGACAAAAACAAGAAAACAAAUACAUGAAAUCGGUGAUCAGAGGGAACACAAAGAAUGUUGGGUCGGUUUAAUGAAGAUAAACGAUCUCCUCCCAUUAUUUAUUCAAAGUGAUGCAUUUGUUAUGGGUAAUGUUAUGUUUUUUAUGUUCAUAAAAGCAAAUGUUUUGCCUCCCCCACAUUUUAGUUAUAUUUUCAUGACAGAAAGGGUUUAUGGAUAGCAUUUACCAAAAGAAUGCUGUUGAUUUGUUCAUGGAGAUUGCAUUGAAACCAUAGAUAUGCAUUUUAUUUUACUUGUACAAGUAUGAAUAUAUUAUGAAUAAAAGUUCUUAUUUCGUAGA